AGAAAUUUGCAUCUGAUGAAAAUUUAGGUUCACUUGAGUAAUUUAAACGUAAUAUCACCUGAUUUUGUGGAAUUUAUUGUCUUCAUACAUAGCAUGAAUAUUGGUUUUGGUACGUCAGUGAAGCUUUUGAAGCAGAGAUGUCAAGUUAUUCCUUUGUUUGAGACGUUUUUCCUUCAUUUUUCAUUUUCACGUUCAAAUGGUUUUCACUUAAGUAAGUUAAACGUAAAAUCACCUGAUUUUGUGGAAGUUAUUGACUUCAUACAUAGCGUGUAUAUUUGGUUUGCGUGUUUUGGUACGUUAUUGGAGCUUUUGAAGCAGAGAUGUUAAGUUAUUUCUCUGUUUGAGACUUUUUUCCUUCAAUUUUCAUUUUCAUGUUUAAAUUGUUCAUUCUCGGAGUUUUCAGUUGUUAUAUUUUGCAAUUUGGAAUGGAGAAAUUUGAAUUUGGUUUUAGAUCGAUGCCAUUAAUAUGGAUCUCUCAUUAAAGUUUAUUGACACUGAACAAUUUCAGAGACUUCGUGAUUUGAAGCAGCUCGGUUUAACAUACAUGGUUUAUCCAGGGGCUGUGCAUUCUCGGUUUGAGCAUUCAGUUGGUGUCUAUUGGCUGGCUAGUGAAGCUAUACACAGAUUGAAAACCUAUCAAGGAUUAGAACUUGGUAUUGAACGCUGUGACAUACAAACAGUAAAACUUGCUGGUCUACUACACGAUGUGGGUCAUGGGCCAUUCAGCCACAUGUUUGAGCGCGAGUUUCUACCCCGGGUUCUCAAUGGCCUGAAAUGGUCUCAUGAAGAAAUGUCUUUGAAGAUGAUAGACUACAUUAUUGAUGAACACAAUAUAGAGAUUGAUUCUGAAAGUCUUAAGAAAGUCAAGGAAAUGAUAAUUGCUUCUGAAAAUUCUACAUCGAAAAGCUCCAACGAAAAACAUUUCUUGUAUGACAUUGUUGCUAAUGGGCGUAAUGGAAUUGAUGUGGACAAAUUUGACUACAUUGUCCGUGACUCCAGGGCUUGUGGUCUUGGCUGCAAUUUUCAGUUUCAGAGGGUUUUAGAAACUAUGCGAGUAAUAGAUGAUGAGAUAUGUUACCGUUCUAAGGAAUAUCUUACAAUCCACAAAUUAUUUGCUGCUCGGGCAGAUUUGCAUCGGACAGUAUAUACGCAUGCAAAAGUGAAGGCUAUAGAACUCAUGUUCGUUGAUGCUAUGACAAAAGCAAAUGAUUAUCUGCAAAUUGCAUCAUACAUUGAUGAUCCAGCUCAAUACUGGAAGUUAGACGACACAAUAAUGAAAACCAUUGAAACUUCUUCCCAUCAAGAGCUGAAGGAAUCUAGAGACCUAAUUCUUCGCAUACGGAGAAGGGAUCUUUACCAGUUUUGUAACGAGUUCGCUGUUCCAAAGGACAAGCUGGAGCACUUCAAAAAUGUUACUCCUCAAGAUAUAAUUUGUUCGCAGAAUUCUAGUCGCCCUGCGCUGCGGGAGGAUGAUAUUGCGGUGAGCAAUGUCAAAAUUGAUCUUACUCGUGGAAGGAAGAAUCCACUUGAAAGGUACUUCAGUGAUACUUGGCUAAAGAUUUUCAAUGUAGAUUCACGACUGACAUUUCUACAGAGUCACUCUAAAUUUUGAUUUAACUUUUGCUGCGUUCAUGUGCUUUUCUCUUCACCAGCAUCAACUUUUUCCAGGUACAAAUCUUCCUUUCCAAGCUUAAAAAUUUU